AGCCACAUGGACGGCAGCCCACCCAUGAUUGGUGACUGCCCGUCCGCCCCCAGGCCACCAGCUCCCAUGCCCUACUUUGCAUCCUAGGGAUUGGCUCUACAAUGGCCUUCACGGGCCAGCUGCAUUGUAUACUGUGAUUUUCUUGUGACUACUGCUUUUCAUAUAUAGUGGGGUAACAACCCAUGUUUUCGCGUUGAAAUUCUUUACGAAGGGCCUGUAAUCGACAACCUCGAAGUUCCAGUCCAGCCAGACAACAUGUUACGCUGGAGCUCGCGCUGUCUGCCGGGAUUCAGUAUCCUGAUACUGGUAUCGCUUCUCUUCUUGGCCUUCUCCGACCAUCUAGGCUGGGACCUCUGGAGGAGAUGGACGCCCGCGCGCCCCAGGAAGCCGGACCCUGAUCUCCCACAUGGUUUGAACCUGGCACAACUUGUCUUCGCCAUAUAUACGGUGGUCAUUCAUCUCAAUAUGUUCACCUUCACCAUCCGUCUUCUCUGGUCGUUGUUUUGGGUUACCCGCAAAACGCAGCAGGUCUUCCAAAGGCGGAGUAUUCUUAUAGAGGGUGCGAGCACAUUAGAUUUGACAAACAAUCCCCUCCUGGAUUUAAGCGACAUGCAUAGCCCUCUCGCGGGGGAGAGCAUACCGAAGACGCAGACUGAUGAGCUCGUACAUGCCAUCAUUGUUCCGAAUUAUCGCGAGGAUGUGGACACCUUGCGUACUACACUCAGCGUUCUGGCCAGCCAUCCGAAUGCCAGAUCCCACUAUGAGAUAUACCUUGCUAUGGAAGAGAAAGAAGCAACUGCUGUCGAGAAAGCCAUGAAGUUAGGAGCCACGUUUGAUACUUCGUUCCGGAGUAUUCAGACGACGUUCCAUCCAUAUGGAAUCGACGGUGAGAUUCCAGGCAAGGGAUCUAAUGUGGCUUUCGCGGCACGCUAUAUCGUCGAUGUGCAUCACGAAGCCUUGCGCAUGGAAACUUGCAACAUUAUUAUCACAGUCAUUGACGCCGAUACCCAUCUCGCUAGGGAUUAUUUUACUGAGAUCCAGCGGAUUCAUGAUUUGAAUCCUACCGAGGCUGAGCGUACGCUGUACUGCUGUCCCAUCAUAUUUGACCGGAACUCCAACGAAAGCCCCGUUCUCGUCCGGUGUGCCGAUCUCCUCUGGGGAUUUGCCGGGCUGUCAACCAUGUACCCGGGCACCGUGCUGGCAAUCCCGACGUCAGUGUACUCCUUGUCACUAUCCCUAGCAGAAAAAGUCGGCGGGUGGGACAGUGACCCGACAUCAAUCGGCGAAGACAUGCACAUGCUGCUCAAAUGCUACUUCGAGACCGCCGGAAACCUAAUCACCCAAGCCAUCUACGUUCCGGCCAGCCAAUGCAACGUCUCCAGCGAUGCGCGUCGAGGCUGGCGGCGUGUCCUAGAUACAUGCAUUGCAAGAUACCGACAAGCCCUGCGACACAUGUGGGGUGCUCUAGAUUCCGGAUUCGCGUUACGACGAACAGUGGGCAAUCUCCGAUUCCACCGACGGUGCUUCGUCCUGCGACCCCGACAACUGGCUCUCCUCCACUUACUCUGGGAGGCCCAUUUUCUACCCUGCCACGUCACAAUCCUCCUAGCCUUCUCCGUCUUCUACACGCUCUUCAACCCAACCGAGCAUUUACACCCGACCCUAGCCUUUGCCUUCUCCUCCACCAACACCCUCCGCACAUUAUCUUUCAUCGGAAUGAACCUCGCCAUUUCACUCUACGAGGGGUGGCAUACCCUCUGCGUCGAGACGCGCAUGCAGGACAUGCAAAUCGCCAACAUCUCCGGCACGGGCUGCUCCCGGCGCGCGUGGUACACGCCACAGUGUCUCCUGGAGCGAGUCACCUUUCCCAUUGCCGGCACGCUGUUUGGGGCUGUUCCGACGCUCCAUGCCGCGUUCUCGCAUUUUUGGACCGAUCGCUUGGAGUAUCGGGUUAGCAAGAAACCGUGCUUCGAGUCUGAGGUGAUGAUUAUCUCUCUGCAAUCUGAGGACUACACUGCAGGGUCCCAAAAAUGA